UCCCUUCGGCCCAUUUGUCCUCUGCAGGCAUUCCUUCCCCUCGUUCGAGCUCCAGGAUGUCUCUCUGACCCCCUGACAGGCCCUUUUCUCUGAUAUGAUCCAGAUCGUGCCCAUUCCUGGUGCAGUCGGAGCUCCUAGCGCCUGCCCCCCCCUCUCCGGAUAGUCCUCGCACUCUCGUUAUCGCCCGACCCCUUCGACCCUGGAUCCUAUCCGAGAGUUUCCUUGAGCUCCAACUGCCGUGCAGUGGGUAACCCUCUCCUUUUCGGUGUUCCCUUCGUCCUGGGACUGCUGCCAUGUCGAAUCCUACGCAGCCUUUCGAAUCCCGGCGGGCGACAAGCUACGGGCGACCUGAGGAGCUUCAUAUUCCAUCCGGGGCCCCCAACCUGCAGCGACAGUCGAUGUCUCAUGAAUACACGGCGGGAACAGACAACCACGUCCCAUCUAUCAAUGUUCACCCAUCGGGAUCACAACCGAAUCAAUACGGAGGUGGAAACAGCGGCGCGAGCGGAAUUCUCCCAGGAGCCCUCCAGCCAGGCAACGUCAACCGCCCACCUGUGGUAUCAGUCAACACAGCGCCUUCGGCUCUGCCAACGCUACCAGAAGUUAAUACACCAAUGCAGUCGGCGCUACCAUCAGGGCAGCAGCAGCAGCCGCUGCCGCAACAACAACAACAGCAACCGCUGCCUCAGCCUCAGCCACAACCGCAGCAGCAGUCGACCAAUCCCCGCUCCAGUAUGGUUAACUCUCAUGGGCAUUCUAGAUCUAGCCCGGCAGGAUUUGAGCAGCCAAAAUACAGACAGUCGGGCUCUUCACCUGGUGCUGGAUACCCAACCCAUACCCCUCAAGGUGCAAAGUACUCGCCUUUAGGUCUAGCUGACAUCCGACCGACCGGGGAUCUAUUAAGUGACCCAAUUACCGGCUCCGGGAUGUUGCCAUUUAAUGGGGAUAAUCAAGUGCCGACCAAUAGCAACUAUAUUGCGCCUUGGCCUAUAUAUUCCAUGGAUUGGUGCAAAUGGCCCAUCACGGGGAGUUCCAGCUCUUUCGGAGGCAAGGUCGCACUGGGAAGCUAUUUGGAAGACAACCACAACUACAUACAAAUCAUAGAUACCCACUGGACACAACCAGACCCGGAUACGCCGGAUGCGGCAGCGGGAGAGAUUAAGCUGGAAUACGUGAAAACCGCAGAGGCCACCCAUUCGUACCCCGUCACACGGAUACUCUGGGAGCCACCUUCGUCCCAGAAGCAAUCCACCGAUCUUUUGGCAACGUCAGGCGAUCAUUUGCGACUAUGGUCGCUGCCCGCCACGCAGCCCUUGCCGAGUUCUAACUCCAUCACGCGGUCGGCCAGUCAAGCCGCCCCGACAGCGAAACUCUCCCCGCUGGCCUUGCUAUCGAAUUCCAAAUCACCCGAGCAUACAGCUCCGAUUACAUCAUUAGACUGGAAUACGAUCUCCCCUAGCCUGAUCAUCACCUCCAGUAUCGAUACCACCUGCACGAUAUGGGACAUCCCCACACUCACGGCCAAAACGCAGUUGAUCGCACACGACAAAGAGGUGUAUGACGUCCGGUUCUGCGCGAAUAGCGUUGACGUCUUCGUCAGCUGUGGUGCCGACGGCAGCGUGCGUAUGUUCGACCUCCGUAGCCUAGAACAUAGCACCAUCAUCUAUGAGCCUACGGAGAAGCACGAGAAAGUCCCCACUCCCGGCAAUGGGAGUCCCUCCGGACAAGCCCAGCCCGUAUGGCCCCCGCCUCUGUUACGAAUCGCCGCGUCGCCCCAUGAUUCCCACCUUCUUGCAACCUUUUCGCAAGACUCCAACAUUGUCCGCGUCCUGGACGUCCGACAGCCCGGCCAGGCUCUCCUUGAACUGAAGGGCCACGCCUCCUCCAUCAACUGCGUUGAGUGGUCACCCAACCGCCGCGGGGUUCUCGCCUCCGGUGCGGACGACUGCUUUGUUCUCCUGUGGGAUCUCAUCAACCAGCACAAUGCGGCCCCGGUGCCGUCCAUGCCCCCGGUCCCACACAACCCUGGGACGCCCGCAACACCCAGUGAGCGUGGCCCAGCCGCCGCCUGGCUAUGUGACAACGAAGUGUCCAACAUCAGCUGGUCCCCGCAGGGCGGCACCACGCCUGCCGGACACCCGCGCGACUGGUUAGGUGUCUGCGGUGGGCGCGGGAUGUGGGGAGUGGCAUUAUAGCCUCAUGAAGAAAAGCACCAUUAGACGAAUCCCUUUUACGCUUACACCAUCUCCUUGGUUUUUGGAUUUUGCUGCACCUUUCGUAUUUCCCUUGAUGCUGUAAAGAGACUUUGGGUUGUAUCUGGCAUGGUAUGAGUGAACGAAUGAAACGAACCAGCUAUAGUGGAAUGACUACCUGUGUAGUAGGACCUGGAUUGUGUUUUUCCUCGUUGACAUGCGUGGACUGGAAGAAGGAACCGAGUAUAUACUAGCUACUACUAGCUACAUCCGUCAAUCUAACAGCAAGAUAUUUCAGAGCAGGAUGCAUUUAAGCCAC